AUGUUACCUACCGGCACAACGUCGUCAAUUACCGCUCUAGCCACAUCAGCGUCGUCCAGCCUUCCCGACCCCCUGGGGUCAGGCUCAGAUCCGGAAGUCUCCGCAGGGACAAACCUUCCUACUCUGAAUCACACACCACCGUGGAACAGCACAACGGCCCUUGUAACUACAUCCUCUCCCAAACCCUGCCAAAGUCCCACCACAAGCCUCAGUACCACCGCACCCGCAAUAGCAAACCAGUCACAUAGCUCCAGUUCCAUUCAAGCAGCCUCCAACACCGGAAAGCAGCACGAACAUACCGGUGCGAUCGUCGGCGGGGUCAUCGGCGGCCUCGCCUUUCUCCUACUCGCCAUCGUCGUCACCAUCCUCCUCUACCGGCGUAUGCGCGCCCGCCGUACCGCCCCCUCCGCGGAGUUCAUGGAUCUCGCGCGCGGGACAACGCCCGGGCCUGCGCCUGUGCGCAUGGAGGGCACGACGACGCCCUCUGGGGAUCGCCUACUCCCGCUCGCACGCCAGGGAUCGCUCGGCGACUAUGACGACCGGCCGCCAGCGUUCACACCGGGCAUAUAUGCGGAUCCGGUGUUUGAGAAGGUGCAUGCGGCGGCGGCGCUGCGCGAGCAGUAUCAGCGGCGCGAUUCGUACGCGGCGGCACAGGCGGAUUACAAGGAGGGACUCGGACAUGCCAAAGUGGGGCACGAGGAUGAGAGUAUGGAGGUAGGCACGGAAGAGGGCUAUGAGCUCGAUUCGACAUCUCAUGUUCCUCCCGGGGAGAGUGCGCCGACGUCGCAAAGUCCUUCGACUGGUACCUACGUCCUGCACACCACACCAUCGCCAGGAGACUCUGCCCUAAUUCCGACAACCACCCAAAGCGGGCCGGCUAGCAUUCUUCCAGCACCUGCCGCCGUUGCCGCGUCAAACAAGCACUCGGACCACACUGGCGCGAUCGUCGGUGGGGUCCUCGGCGGUCUCGCAUUCCUCUUGCUCGCCACCGUCGUCGCUAUCCUCUAUCGACGCAUGCGCGCCGCCCGCCGCACCGCGCCCUCUGCGGAGUUCAUGGACAUCGUGCGCGGGACGACACCCGGGCCUGUGCCUGCAUCGGGCGCUAUGCGCGCAGAGGGCACGACGACACCCUCCGGCGACCGCCUGCUAGGGCUGGAGGUCGGCGACGACGAGCGUCCCCCUGUGUUCAUCUCAGGCGCGUAUGGGGAUCCGGUGUUUGAGAAGGUGCAAGCUGCAGCGGCGAUGCGCGAACAGUACCAACGGCGCGACUCUUAUGCAGCGGCACAGGUGGAGUACGAGGGGGAGAAGUCUGAUGUAGGGCACGAGAACGAGAGCACGGAAGUGGGCACGGAAGAAGGCUAUGGGUUCGAUGGGGACGAGAAGGCAGGAUAUACGUGGGCAAUGUGA